UCACGAAAAGAUUGCAGAAAGUAGUGGCAGCGUAAAAAUAAAUAGCUAAAUAGUGCUAAAUUGUCGCUUACGUGCCGCCCGAAAUAAACCAAAAACCCAUCUCACCAAAAGAAAACACGCGCAACGUUUUGCAAUCAUCAAAGCGAUCGAAAAUUUGCAAAUAUCGUACUCGCGCCGGACGCGCUGCUCUGCUGAUGGCAGAUUCAUAAAAAAAGUGCAAAUUCAGUUUCGAGUACAAGCCAUCAAAAUACGGAAGCAAACUUAGUGUAUAAGCAUAAAGUUUUUUACUAUUAUUACUACGACUUUAAGGCUCCACUACUGCGCACGUGCUGCAACGAUAAAGAUAUGUCUUCAAAUCUAUUUCUAACAACAGCAGAAAAUGGUCUGCGACACGAUAAAAUUGUUAUACUCGAUGCUGGUGCACAGUACGGCAAGGUUAUCGAUCGUAAAGUGCGUGAAUUGCUCGUUGAAUCGGAUAUCCUGCCUCUAGAUACGCCAGCAUCGACGAUACGCGAUCAUGGCUAUCGCGGAAUCAUAAUUUCCGGCGGACCCAACUCAGUAUAUGCCGAAGAUGCGCCCUCUUAUGAUCCCGACUUAUUUAAGCUGAAAAUACCUAUGCUAGGCAUUUGCUAUGGCAUGCAGCUGAUUAAUAAGGAAUUCGGCGGAACCGUACUCAAGACGGAUGUACGCGAGGAUGGUCAGCAAAGCAUAGAAAUUGAAACAUCGUGUCCGUUGUUCAGCCGCCUCAGUCGCACUCAAUCCGUGUUACUUACACAUGGCGAUAGUGUAGAGCGUGUUGGUGAAAAACUUAAAGUAGGGGGCUGGUCAACGAAUCGAAUUGUCACCGCCAUUUAUAAUGAAGUGCUGCGCAUUUAUGGUGUACAAUUCCAUCCGGAAGUCGACUUAACAAUCAAUGGAAAACAGAUGCUAUCGAAUUUUCUCUAUGAUAUCUGUGAAUUGACGCCGAAUUUUACCAUGGGUAGUCGAAAAGAGGAAUGCAUACGCUAUAUUAGAGAGAAAGUGGGCAACAAUAAAGUACUGUUGCUGGUCAGCGGCGGCGUCGAUUCCAGUGUGUGUGCUGCGCUUUUAAGACGCGCCUUACAUCCUGGCCAAAUUAUAGCGGUGCAUGUGGAUAAUGGUUUCAUGCGAAAAAACGAAAGUGAAAAGGUGGAGCGUUCCUUGCGAGAAAUUGGCAUAGAUUUGAUAGUUCGUAAAGAAAGCUACACGUUCCUCAAAGGCACCACGCAAGUGAAAAGGCCUGGACAGUAUUCGGUGGUUGAAACGCCCAUGCUAUGCCAGACAUACAACCCCGAAGAAAAACGCAAGAUAAUUGGUGAUAUAUUCGUAAAAGUGACCAAUGAUGUGGUAGCCGAGCUAAAAUUGAAACCCGAAGAGGUUUUGCUGGCUCAGGGUACCCUACGACCCGAUCUAAUAGAGUCCGCCUCAAAUAUGGUUAGCAUGAAUGCCGAAACGAUCAAGACGCAUCACAAUGACACAGAUCUGAUAAGAGAACUGCGGAAUGCAGGGCGCGUUGUCGAGCCACUGUGCGAUUUCCAUAAGGACGAAGUACGGGAUCUUGGCAAUGAUUUGGGCUUACCAGCGGAGCUAGUAGAAAGGCAACCAUUUCCGGGACCUGGUCUAGCAAUUCGAGUACUUUGUGCUGAGGAGGCUUACAUGGAGAAAGACUAUUCAGAAACACAGGUCAUAGUUCGUGUAAUAGUGGACUACAAAAACAAACUACAGAAAAAUCAUGCACUCAUCAAUCGUGUUACGGGCGCUACCAAUGAAGCCGAACAAAAGGAACUCAUACGCAUUUCAACAAAUACACAAAUCCAAGCCACAUUGCUGCCUGUGCGCUCGGUGGGUGUGCAAGGUGAUAAGCGCACCUACAGCUAUGUUGUUGGUCUAUCAACGAGUCAGGAACCCAAUUGGACGGAUCUGUUAUUCUUAGCGAAAAUCAUACCGCGCAUUUUACACAAUGUAAAUAGAGUUUGCUAUAUCUUCGGUGAUCCCGUGCAGUAUCUGGUAACCGAUAUAACGCAUACGACACUCAAUACUGUGGUGUUGGCGCAGCUACGCCAAGCGGAUGCAAUUGCCAAUGAGAUUAUUAUGCAAGCUGGUCUGUAUCGUAAAAUUUCACAGAUGCCUGUUGUGCUUAUACCAGUACAUUUUGAUCGUGAUCCAAUAAAUCGUACGCCGUCGUGUCGAAGAUCCGUGGUGUUGCGUCCCUUUAUAACAAAUGAUUUCAUGACUGGUGUGCCAGCUGUGCCUGGUUCUGUGCAACUGCCAUUGCAAGUCCUUAAUCAAAUAGUGAGGGAUAUAUCCAAAUUGGAUGGAAUCUCGAGGGUACUAUACGAUUUAACCGCAAAACCGCCCGGCACCACAGAAUGGGAAUGAUGCGCUCAAACCAAAAUAAUCAACAGCCAUUUCAAACAGAUAACAACAACAAUAAAAUGCAUGCAAGCCGAUGGUGAUGACGACGACAUCCAUAGAUAUAAACGCAUGGGACAAUAGUGGGUGUCGCUUUACACGAGCAUUGAGCGGCAGCCUAUUGUGGCACCCAUAAGGUAGCGCUAGCCAAGGAAAGCUCAAAUUAUUGGAUCGAUAUGUAUGUAAAAUUAGUGCCGCUUUUAAAAUAAUUCAGGUUUAUAUAUAUGCAUGUAUAUGAACGUACAGAUCUAUUGUGUGUGCACUGUGGGGUUGCACAGUUGCUAACGUUUUGAAAUAACAAAUGAAAAACCCAUAAGGCAACAAAUAUGCUAAAUAUAUAUUAUACAAAAUUAAAA